UCCUUUCGAAUAUCCUUCCGAGCUCAGCUGAACUUAUUCAGCUUCACUGAAUGCAAGGCUGAUAUCAGAACAUUGCUUUUUCUUCUGGGGACCAGAACAAGUUUCAUAUUUUGGGCACCUCUCUUCCAUAUUAAAUACUGAUUUUCAGGUACCCAGCUAUCACCGGUACCUCUAUGUGUACCAAAAGCUCCUGCUCUGAUAGCAGCUCUGACUGGAUGAACUGACAAAUAGCUGAGGUUAUAGGUGGGAAGCAGAAAUAUGAAAUUAGAAUUAGGAAGGUGGCAGUUCAAUUUAGUUUUGGGGCCUUGAUGGAAACAAUUUGAAGGUCCAGAGCUUCAGUUAAGCGUUGUAAGGAUAAGCACCUAGAAGAAGCUUUCCAGCAUUUGGGUUCUACACAGAAUGUAUUGAGCACUCUCUCAGACGCCGAUCUCUGCCCACUGAUUAAAUGUGUUGUCGCCUGUCAGUCUGGAACAUGCAACAGCACCAGCUCAUUCCAAAAGCUGGAGAAGAUGAUAGCAAAGCUGUCAGAGGUCAGGCCAGACCUGGUGUCACAGCAGGUGGAAUCAUUGUUGAGCCAAUUAUUCCAAAGCAAAGACACCGGGGAUGAGAAGUAUCAGGUGUUACAUAUUGGUGACUUGCAGACAGUAUGUAUGUACCUUGAGGGGAGCUAUGUGGGCCGGAAGUACUUCAAGCAGCAUCUCCACCUAUUGCUGUCCAAAGUAUUUGCAACAUUUUCCUUAUUGCUGCAAAAUCAGGCAAAGCAGAGAGAGGACCCUUGUUAUCUGGCAGUGAAGGUGUGCCUUCAGAUUUUUAGGGUGCUUGGAGAAGACAUUGCUCCUUUGGUCUGGACCCCUGCUUGUAGUGGCAGCCCGUUGCAGAAUAUUUUGACUUCUCUGCUAAAAGUUGUUACAAAUCAGAACAUGUGUCCGGACACAAGGCUUUUGGCUGGCACAGCAGUGGCCUCACUGGCAAUCACAGGUCCUGAUGCAAGGUCAGGGGCCCAUGCUUGUUUGACCCUGAUGCAGCAGUUAAGAGAGGAAUCCUCUGGACUGAUCAGAUUUGGGGAGCUGCAGUUUUCGAUCACUAGACCUCUUUCAGAUGAACUAAGUUUAAUUGUGGUGGUUCGUGGACUAUUAACCUGUGCCAGUGCAGACCUUCUCACUAGUGAGCUGCCAGCCUUUAGCCAGAACAAGAUAGUGUUGGAGCUGCUCCUACCUUUUGUGGCCUCUGCAUGUGAGGGCAAUAAAGAACAUUAUUAUAGUUUCCAAGUGCUCUCCUUAUGGUUGCAGCGAUUGCGUGAGCUAACUGGUCACAUGCUAAAAGUCCGGGAAGUGUGCCCUCUAGUAACUGAGCAAGAGACCCUUUGUCUUGUGACCAGACUUCUCUGGAGUGGAGCAGAGUUGCAAGUGGAUGGCAUGUCUGACUUGGUUCUCAGCUGCUUUCAGCACUUUCUCCACAUUUACGGCACAGAGUGUCAACUCUUGGGAUUACCAGUGGGACCAAUGUUUCACAAAAUGCUAAAAAAAAUCACAAAGAUUCCGUGGCAGUGUCGGUCGAGGUACAUACCACUUUGUGCUCUACUGCCUUUCAUUGGACCCAAGGAGGUUCUGGAGUUUUACCCUGAUCUACCAAGUGACUUGUUCCACUGCCUCUGCAUAAAUUAUUUGUGCCCGCCAGCAUCUGAGACUUUUCGCAUCUUUAUUGGCCUGCAGCAUGCAGAGUGGUCCCGUAAUGGCCGGCAGAAUGAGAAAGAAAUGGCAAGCCUCUGGGCAAUGAAUUGGCUUUCUCCAUUAUAUCAUGCUCUAACAUCUAGAAAAAGUUCUCUUCAGACUAACUGUUCUACUUAUUUUCUUCCUUGCACUCUUCGUUUUUUCCCAGGGGCAUGUGCUUUGCUAGCCGAUCGGCUUCAAGGUUCAGACCCUGCUGAGAUGAGGGGUUGGGUCAGCCUUUUGCAGUCACAGAAGAUUGUCUUGGGUAGAGUCAGUGAGGAAAUAAAUGAGAAGUUGCAACUGUGUCUAGAGUCUGCGGAUGAUAGUGUACGAUUGUGUGCUUUUAACUUCUUAUGCUGCAGUCCACGUAGCAGUCAGCCUCCAGCCUUACAUGAACUGAAGAUGCUAAAGAAAUAUCUGCCCUUUAAUCUGGGAUGUGACAGUCCUGGGUUCCGUCAGCAGCUACAGGCUGUGCUGAAAAAGGCAACUGAUCGAUUACGAGAUGCAGCUCUUGCUGCUCUACGCAAGAAGAGGACCAAAGCGGAUGAGGUUUCCCAGGUGAUUGAUUUCUUAGAGUGGUUGCUUCAAUUGAGCAUCUCAUCGCUGUCACCUGCUGGAAAUUAUCAGCGUCGUUGCAGUGGGUUGCUCCUUUUGUCUGUUCUGCUUGAGAGCUGCACUGACUCCUGGACUCCACAAAGGAAGAAAGGACAGCCUCCAUCUGAUAUGCCUGUUCUACUAAACUAUGCAAAACAGAAAGGAUGCUGGGAUUUCUUUUCACCACAUAAUAUGCAAGCACUGCUGGGUUGUAUGCAGGACAGCACAAAUGAGAUACGGGAACUGGCAUCUGAUUUGCUAGUACGUUUUUUCCCAGCAGCCCCAGAACCCCUAACUCUUGCCAUGUUUGAUUUGGGCCAAGAAUUUAUCUGCAGUCCUAGGGUUUUUGUGGCAGAAUCUGGAGCCCUGCUGUUAAAGACUGUUAUGCAGAGGCUGGAUGGAGGGCUGCCGUUUCCUGCAGAUGAACCUUUCACCACAAUGAGCUUUGUAACUUACCUUACAAAGAAACUGACGGAUCAUUAUCACUGGGCACAAAAAAACAUGCUCCAUGCAGCAACUUGUAAGCCCCUUCAUGGGGUGCUUUCUGCUCUGCGACUAUGUUUGUUGGAUGUCCCUUCUGUCAAUAAGUCCCUCUCAAAUACUGACCUUGCUCAGGGAUGGCACUGCCUUUUUGAAGACCUUGUGAGUUCCUUGAAAGACAUAACAUCCUUUAUCCUUUCUGUGCUUUAUGGUGCGCAAGGGGAAGAGGGUUCAGCGCCGGCAGCUCCUUCUUUUGCAGAUAUGGGAAAAGCAGUGAGUGCAUUGAUUGCCCAGGGCCAAGGCCUUGAUGAGGUGCAUGGGAAUGUCUUUCUGUCGGAGGAGCACAGCCUUAUCAUGACCUGUUGCUGGGUCUCCCUGAAGGAGAUUGGACUUUUGUUGGGGCCUUUAGUAGAAAAGUUGGUAUGUGGCCACACAGCUCUCCUCUCUACAUCAGCCGUGCAGAAGUCUGUUGCUGCAUAUCAAGAUAUAUGUCUCAGGUGUCGUCACUGGGGAGCAGUGGAUGGCUGCAGUACAGGAUUCAUCAGACUUUGUUCUGCUCUGCUUAAUCAUGAAGAUCCAACGCUAAGGGCUAUACCUAAAGACAUGAUAGAACAGGCCCUGGCACGAUGUCGGUCACAGAACUCUCUCUCAGUCACUCGCAGGGCUGCAGGUUUCCCAGUCCUCCUUCAGUGCAUUUUGUGCGCAGAGGGAACACUUCACCCUUUACUGACAUACAGUGUUGAGAGCUUGCUAGAGCUAGCCCAGGAGCCGCUUCCUUCCCACUGGGACCAGACUCGAGAUCUGCCGCAGGUUUCAGCUGUACAUGCCCUGCAGACUCUGAUCCGCUCUGCAGGCCUACGUUCAUCUCUGCUCGUCUAUGCUGUUCCCUUGAUGUCCCUUGCACUCUGCUAUCUCCGCUCUCCCUGCUGGGCCAUGCGUAACGCAGCCUUGCAACUUUUCAGUGUGCUUACAAAUGGAAUACUGGGACUAUCUCGCAGUGAUGCAAACAGCUCUGUGCAGAGUACUUUAUCUUUGGGGACUUUGUUGAGGAAGUUUCCAGGAAUGCAGGGAGUGCUUCUGCAAGAGUUGUGCAGUGCCCAGCAUGCAGAUAAAAUGCUGCACCCCAGUGUUCAUCCGCCUCUUGCCCUGUUAGCCAAGUUACAAGCUGGAGGAGACAAUGAUGGCAGCUGUUUUUUGGAACCCCUGUUGAAGCUAGCAGGAAACCCUAUCUAUGCAGUGCGUGUCAUGGCUGCCCGUGCUCUUGUGCCCGUUGUCCAGGUGAUGAAUUACCAUACCCUGUUACUCCAGCUGAUUGGCAAACUUCCUCAGGACAAUGAAAGUGUGUCCCACAAUUAUCUGCAUGGGAAUUUGCUGCAGAUUCAUGCUCUGCUUGUACCAGCCCUGAAUGAAAGAUGCCUGACAGAGGAUGUGCUAGAGAUGGUGCAGCAGAAGCUGCUUGCAGUGCUAUGGUUGCUGUCUCCAGCCCAGAAGUGCCCGCUGGUGCGAGCUGCUUUCCUAGACAUUCUCUCUGUGUUGGUGCCAAGUUGCGGAAAGGAAUUUGCAAGGCUUGUGCGGAAGGCUAUUUUGAAUACACUAAAGGCAAAGAUGCAAAGCAUAGAGGUGGGCUCAGCAGUUUUUCAUGAUGCAUGUGUUGCUUAUCUGUGCAAUGAAGCCGCUUCCUCUUCAGAUGCAACUCUGUACCCCUAUGUGAGCUCUGCUUUGAGAGCUGAUGAGCCAGCUGCUCUGAAAUGGGUGAAUGAAAACCAGGAGCGUGAUCUGCCUUUAAAUCUAGCCAGCAUUGUAAGAGACACAUUACAGGAAAUGUUGUGCUCUAGGUUGCUCUCUGAAGGUCCAAGUGCUGCUCUUGUGACGUAUUUAGAGAGCUUUGUUUAUAUCCACACCAAGUGCAGCCAGCUUGCAGAUAUCUCUCCUUCUGAAACUGCUGAUAUGCAGUGCAUCCAUGUCUUGUUAUCCCUUCUGGAGUCGGACAAAGUCACCCCACAACUCAGGAGCUGUGCGCUGAGCACUGUUGGCUUGCUGCUAAAACACUGGUCAGUGAAAGACGUUUCCCUGGUUUCCACCUGGCUAUUGGCUAUCUUCUGCUGUGCUAAGCUGUCCUGUGAAAAGCUACGACUAGCAGCAGCACAAGCCCUGGAGCUGGCAGGAACACAGCUAGUAAGAUUCACACUGAAAGAAACAGAAGCAGGGAUUACAAAUUUGGCUGUAAGGGCUAUAGCUUGUGGGGUGGACCUGCUGCAGGAUGAGGACAGAGGCGUGAGAGAAGCAGCUGCCAGAUUUGCUGUGUAUGUGUUGGCUCAGCCAGCCAAUAGAACCAUGCAGAGUGACCGGGCCCUGCUACAUCUUUUAAAUCUGCUGAGGGAACAUUUUGUGGACUGUGAAGAAACCUUUAUUUCUCUUAUGUUGCGCUUACCUCCAUUUGAUGUUGAUGCUGCACUCUCUUCUCUUUUGGAAAGGUCAGUGAGUCUGUAUGAAGAGGAUCAACCCAACGUGUUUGCGGACUCCAGGUUUCUCACCUCGAUACUACUCCCACAACUCUCUUCUAUAAUAAACUCUGCAUCCUUAUUAAGCUCUGCUGUACUGCAGUGGGUAACAAGCACUUUAGCUCCUCUGAGACAACAGAUUCAGAGAUGUCUUCAUUGGUGCACAGAACAGGGCCCAUUCUCUAAACUCUGGCUAAAGGCUUCUGGAUGCCCACAUGUAAAUAUUGCUGUUCUGGGGUUGCUGGUUCGAGGCAAGCUGGUUUUAAAGGCCCUGCAGACAUUAAGCGAGAAUGAAGUGCUUGUCGCACACCUUGACAUCUCUCCAUCUUGUCUAAAAGAUGAGCUGUCUGAGCUGCAGGCACAGCUCACACUGCAUGGAAUUGGACUCCCCCUCAUGGAGACGACAGAAUAAUACCCCUGUAGGUUUCCGGUGUGGCCGGUGUAGUUGCAGUGCAACAUGGAAAUCCCACUAACAGGAUAUGUAACUGGCCAUUUUAUAUCCCAUUCUGUGCCACAGUUCCUUCUCCUCUGUUCUUUUCUGUUUAAUCAGCUCUGCAGGGCAGGCAGUUGUAGCAUGGAAAGGGUGAGUUGUUUUAUGGCCAUUAAUCAUGUUCUUUAUUUACCAUGGAUCACAGCUGCCUUUGUUGAAUAGCAGUGGGUGGAUAUGAGGACACAUGAUGAAAUCUCAGUUUUAGCAUAAAGACAGAUUCUUUUAAUCAGCACCACAUUUAUAUUUUCCACUAAAUAAAUGACAUGCAGCUGAAAAAUAGGCUAAAUAUAAAAGUGUUUGGACCUCUCAGAAUUUAUAAAUAUUCAAAGCAACUGUUACCAGAACAAGGACUCGUUUAUGAAAUAAAGUCAGUGAAUGUUUUAA